AUGCGGAAGCUGCGCACCUAUUACUCAUUUGCAUCGCCCCUCUUGCUGACAUGUGCAGUGUUUAUCUCGAUUGAAUAUUGCUUUAUGGAUGAGAUGCCGGUCUCCGUGCCCUCCACGAUCUACCGGAUUGAUAAUAAGACCGAGAUUAAAAACAUUUUCAAGUGCUCAAGCAUUCACUUUAUUGGCUCGUAUAAUGAGUAUUAUGUGGCCUGUAAGUUUACGGUGCCUGCUCAGGAGAAUCUCACGCUGCUGGAAAUUGUUAAUGUCAAGUUAGAUAGCUCAGCGCUGUCGCCUCUAUUUGGCGUCCAUGCCGAACUAAUAUUCCAGCUGAAUAUGAAUCUGACUUCGGUAUCUAUCCGCAACAGUCAAUUACAGGCCAGUGCUGUUGAUAUAUAUGCCGCUUACUUAUCGAUUGACGAGCAGUCAUCUAUAAAUGUAUCGGCUCGUGGGCUCAAGUUUGGACCCGGUUAUAACUCCUGGACAGCAAUGGGUGGUAGCUAUGGAGGCAUCGGCGGUGCAUCGCUUUCAAGUACUUAUCAAAUUUGUGACGAUGUUCCUCCAAACGAUUUUUUUCGAGCAGUGGGGGAUGUAUCAGCUAAUAUUGCUGAUUUUCGAGGGUAUGGUAGUGGUGGAGGCAACAGUGAAAGUCGGGGAGGCGGACGAAUUCGAUUGGAGACAGAGAAUAAUGUGGAGCUCAAUGGACUUCUGCUAGCAAAUGGAGGAAAUGCUUGUUUAAAUUGUUAUGAUAGUGCUGGUGCAGGAGGCACUAUUGUUGUUGUUGCGAAGAGACGAAUAUUCGGUAAUUCGACAGUUCAAGCGAAUGGAGGAGACCCAAGUCGCUUUGACAUGGAAAAAUAUUCUGGUGGUGGAGGAGGUGGUGGAGGCGGACGAAUUUUUUUUGAUUCCAUGGACGCGGAGGAGUUGGCACCUGAUCGAGUUGAAGCGUUUGGUGGCGGCAUAAGCUUUGAUAAAAACGCGUCAAUCGAAUGGUGCCAAUUGGGAGGUGAUGGGACCAUUUUUAAACUGCAGCACUCAUUAAAGAGCAACGAAGAGCUUGUUGAUAGUGAGUCGAGGAUCCAACGGCUCGAUGGUAAUGACACGUCAGUGAGUACAUUACUUAUUAAGGGAGCUCGGUUGGCAAAUGUGGGGCCCAUCAAGCGCAUUCAACUUUUUGGAUGCACACCAAUUUUUCAGCAGACAUCCAGGGGUGCACUUUUUUUGCCAGAAUCACUUGUGCAUUUAUUGGUAAGCGGUGGGGCUACGGUGUGCGCUUCAGUCAUCCAGCUGAAGGAAAGUGUUGGAGGCAUGAAUAGUUCAAUUGUGCUCGACUCUGGAUCAAAAUUCACUAUUCUUCGUCGCGAACAAAUGAUUCGUCUAGUGGCAUCGCAAAUAAUGCUUCAGGGUUCCGUUGGACCGUCGCCACCUCACAAGCGGAUCCUUCAUGCGCAAGUUAACAUCCGAACAGAAUCUUCAACCAUAAUAGACGGCUUUAUUUACCCUUUAAACACUCUACUGGAUCAUACGCGCAAUCUUGGCACGGGUGAAACUCCCUUAAUAAGCGUGACUAGCCUCAGAGAUGUCGAGCUACGCCCGCAAGCUGUGGAGUUGGGUAAAGUUGAGUUGCGAAUUAAUGCAGCUGGUCUAGGCCUCCUUGACAUGCCAUUCGAUUCUCCACUUCUUAAAUUGUCGAUUUCAGCUGCAAAUGUGUCGAUCAUCAAUGUGAACAGUGGACCAGUGCUGGAAUGCAGAGCAAUUCAGCUUCAAGCAAAUGCGUCUGCAUGUAGAAUAUUGCGAGAGUCAGCGCACCAUGAUUACUUGUACUCGAUUAAUGUCUUUGCUUUCGAGGAAGCUAAAUUAGGGAACAUUUCAGCAGGGUCCAUGAUAUUAUGUUCUGACGACAAAAUGACAAUCGAGGGCGCAAUUUCUAGCUCUUAUCUUGGGUGCGGCUCUGGAAUAGGCCCAGGUAAGAGCUUUGUCUUUGGCGAAGCUAGCGGUGGAGCCGGUCAUGGUGGAAGAGGUGGAAAUGUCUUACCUGGAGGUAGUGGUGGUGGCGCAACCUAUGACAUUCCAAAAGAUUCUUCCCUGCAGUCAGUGGCUAGUCGGAUUAAUAUACUGUCUGACGAACAGCAUUGGCCUAUUUGGCCAGGUAGUGGUGCUGCAAAUGGAGAUUCGUCGGGUAAGGUCAGUGGGGGCAGUGGAGGUGGCAUCAUUUACAUCGGUUCAAAGAUGCUUAAUCUUACUAAGUCGGCUAUAAUUUCUGCACGGGGCGGAGCGGGCUUUAAGGGCGGGGGUGGUGGAUCCGGUGGAUCACUGUCACUUUUUAUUGCGGAUAUUGCUGGUGGAGGUGCUAUUGCGCUGGAGGGAGGUGCUAGCUCGACAUCUCAAUCAUCUGUUAAUAGUGAGAUCCGAAUGCGGUCUUUAGUAUGGAACCCGAUUUUACUUCCGACUGAGAUUGAUGAAGACGAAGGAAAGGUUGGAGGUGGGGGCGGGGGUGGAAUUAUUAGUAUUACAUAUGUUGAUACAACAAAUGAUACAACUGCUGGCAAUGGGGAGAAAUUUAUUCAAGACGGAGGGCAUAUUUCAGUGGAUGGAGGGGUGAGCACGGGAGGUGAGAACGGCGGUCCGGGUGUCAUGGCUGGUUAUAACUGUCUUCCAGGACGUGGUGGUGUUUUCUGCUUGCCUUGUCCGGGUGGAACUCAUAGUCCUGGGCGAUUUUCGAAGUGCUUUCCGUGCGAGCCAGGUACUUGUUCAAGCCACGCUGGUGCUGUUAAGUGUGAUACAUGUUCUGUUGGCCAUUUUAAUCCGGAAUUCGGCAAGAAAGAUUGUCAGAAGUGUCCACUGGGGUCAUUUGGUGCAAAGUUGGGGCUCAAAAAAUGUGAGUUAUGCCCACCUGGUACAUUUGCAGGCUCGACAGGAAGCACCUCGUGCUCUUUUUGUCCUAUCGGUAGUAUCACUACUGGGUCUGGUCGGAGCAAUUGCACUUUAUGUGGAAUCGGAGAGACUACAGCAACAAUAGGGGCGACUGUUUGUGGUUCAUGCACGAAGAAACCUGUACACUCAGAAUUUAAUAUGCGUGGUAAUUGCUCAUACGCCUGCUACAAAGGGCGCAAUGGUCUCGAUUGUCUAACACCCUUCGAGCGAUUCGUUAAUCCUAUUGGUGGCCCAGUUGGCUUCGUCGUCCUCGUGUUAUGUAUGACGAGCUUGAUUUUUGGGGCAUGGGGCUUUCUUUCUCAUCGAAGCUCCGAAUCCGAGCUUCGUCGCUAUGCACGGUACAGAUCACAGAGAAUGCGGGACGAGUCAUCACUUAAAACACUUACACGCAAAUUGACCCCUCGUUUGACUGACCAAGAUUUUCAGUCCCACGUCGCUCGUUUAUAUUUUGCUGGAAAUAACCACCUCAAGAGUGCUUGGCAACUUAAUCCAUAUUUUUUGCCUAAAAACCUUUGCGACAUCGUUCAAGAAAGCACAUACGCGAACUUUGCCGCGACGUGCAACAAACUGGUGGAAUGGAAUCCUUCAAAUUGGGAAGGCUGGCUGUAUCACUUCUUACUCGCUACUGUUCCACCAUUAAGCACGCUUUUUAUGCGAAGGCGUCAGCUACAUCGAGUUAUGAAGCUUUCCCAAUAUACCAUGCAAUAUGGUGGUCGAUUUUUUCGUGAUGUAAACUUUCGAGUGCAUGGCACACAACUAAAAGUUGGGUUUAGCCCAGAUUUCUCCCUCUGUUAUUUUGACGUUCUUAUUUUAAAAUCAAGUUCUUCGCUAUCAUUGAACCUGGUAAAGUUCCAAUCUGUAAAUUUUGAAGACCAAGUGCUUGUGGUUGGUGGUAGUGGGUCAUUCUUCAGGCCAUAUCACCUCGAUACCAACGACAUAGUUGUGCGCGCCAUUCCGUCCCGUCUUGAAUUACUAGAACAUAACUUUUGGAUUGACUUUGUGGCUGAUCUCAAUGAAAAGCUGCGCGUGCUACCACAGCCAUCAUCUGCUCUCCGUCGUGUGCGCGAAGCUAUAAACGUGUCUCGUGAUAUUUUUAUGUUUUUGAAAGAGUUUAACGCGAAGCAUGUUAAACAUGAUUUUUCUGUGACAUUCGGGAUAUUUUCUGCUGAUUUUAUGGUUGGUGCCGAUGGAAAUAGUAGUUGUUUUAAACCCAUUGCACUUGAAAACGUCGACGAAACCUUUGCGUCAUUUCCACACGAACCUUUCAAGCUGGCGUUUCGUGUCUCAAGACUAAAUUUACGUGUGAUGCCACAACCAAUGAAAUAUGACUCGUCAACAUCCGAUCCACAUUUUCUUCAAUUACGUUCCGAAAAGAACGACUAUGCGAAGGCUGUAACAGAUCCACGGUCUACGGAUUUUCGGUACUCACGCAUUAGGAUGGAAGCUCUUUCCGCACAUCCAACACGUAAUUCGCUCGAAAAUAUCACUGACGACUCUAGUGAUGAUAAUGAUAGUCUCAUACCAAGAAGAAAAGCUCAAAACACCUGCAAGGUGCAGCAAUCGAGAGCGCUUUUGUCAUUACUUAUGUUGACAAGUGGCACAGUGAGAAAAUUGCUCAUUGGUCUCUGGUCACCAAUAUAUCCACUUUUCCGUCUGCGCAACUUACCACGCUCUAAGCUUCCUAUCCGGUGGUCAUUUCCUGUAGUGAUGGUGGUGCUUCUGAUUGCCGACAUGGGCGCUGUAUUUUAUAUUCUUGUGGAAUAUUAUUGUGUACAAGUUCGAGACCCCACUACGGAAGAGUCGGGCUGUUCUCGGACCGCGCUGUGGUCAUUCUUAGGAAUCUUGCCUGCAGCAGCCGCUGGGUCACCGAUACUCGGAUUGAUAUUCAUCACGAGAAAAAGUGUCUUUUUUGGGAAGUUGUUCACGCUAUGGAAUGCUAGCUCUGUUGUUAAUCAAGUAAUAGCUUUUGUUUGCGGGCUCGCAUACCUGGCUUACAUACACGACGACAUCCUUCUUGUGGCGGUCGGAGGUGUGAUUAUCAAGUACUUGGAAAAGGAGGUGGCAGUGCGUUGCAUCGCAGAAUACGCAAGCCGGCGUACUUUUCGCGGGUGGCGAGGUCUUCAUACCACGCGAGACUGGUAUGAUGCUGCUUAUACACCUUUAGUUCAUUACGAACGUUAG